GUAAUGCUUUUUAUAUAAAUAUGCCUCGUGGAUCACGAAAGAAUAAAUUAUUAUUUCCCUUAUUAUUUCAUCUAGUACGAUCAAUAUCAAGAAGUCAAUAUAAAUAAACAUACAAUUCACUUUAAUUGAUCAUAGCACCGAUAACAAUCUACUCUCUUUAAAAGAAAUUCGUAAGUACUAUCAAGAAGCAGAAGAUGGCCCAAAAGGUGGAAGCACAAGGAGGGAAAGGAGCCAACCUAUGGGACGAUGGAUCGACACAUGACGCCGUGACCAAGAUUCAGCUCGCAGCAGGCAUAGACGGAAUUCAAUAUGUUCAGUUUGAUUAUGUCAAGAACGGACAACCCGAACAAGCUCCUCUUCGUGGUACCAAAGGCCGUGUUCUCCCAGCUGAUCCGUUUGUGAUUAACCAUCCAGACGAACAUCUAGUUUCUGUAGAAGGUUGGUAUAGCCCUGAAGGUAUCAUUCAAGGAAUUAAGUUCAUCUCCAACAAGAAGACUUCUGAUGUCAUUGGAUCCGAUGAGGGUACUCACUUCACUCUACAAGUUAAAGACAAGAAGAUCAUUGGCUUUCAUGGGUCUGCCGGGGGCAAUCUUAAUUCUCUUGGGGCUUACUUUGCUCCGUUGACUACUACAACUCCGUUGACUCCUGCCAAGCAGCUAACGGCAUUUGGUAGUGAUGACGGAACUGUAUGGGAUGAUGGUGCUUACGUUGGGGUUAAGAAGGUGUACGUUGGACAAGCCCAAGAUGGAAUCUCAGCUGUUAAGUUUGUGUACGACAAAAGCCCUGAGGAGGUCACAGGAGAAGAACAUGGAAAGAGUACUCUACUCGGAUUCGAAGAGUUCGUACUUGACUAUCCAAGUGAAUACAUCACCGCAGUCGAUGGCACUUAUGAUAAAAUCUUUGGGAGUGAUGGCUCAGUCAUAACUAUGCUCAGGUUCAAGACUAAUAAGCAAACGUCUCCUCCCUUUGGACUUGAAGCUGGCACAGUCUUCGAACUCAAAGAGGAAGGCCACAAGAUCGUUGGUUUCCAUGGAAGAGCCGAUGUUCUGCUCCACAAAAUUGGAGUCCAUGUUCGUCCUUUAUCCAACUGAUGAUGGAGCUCUUUAUCCUUGAUUCCAUGCAUCUAAUAAGUUAUCAAAUCUAUCUUCUAAAUUUCUCAUAUGAGGUCUCUUCAUGCCUCUGGUGAAUGGUGAUCUUUGAUAAGUGUUUUACGCGUUGUCUCUUGCGAUGUUGUUUUUUCUUUGUUCUUCUUGUGCUCUAUUUUAAUAAAGGAAGUUUGUUCCAAUCUGAUCUUUAGUUUCCCUAUAUGUUCUAUAAUACUUACUUUUGCCAUUAUUUGGUUCUGAUACUAAUUUUACUUGCUAUAAUUCAAACUAAAAUCUCAACGUAUGAAUUGUACAAUUUAAAAUGCAAAUGUUAACUUUUUUGGAUCAAAUAUAUAGUUGUUCG